CUUCCCUCCCCUUCUCCCAAUACCACUCCAGAGACCACAGCUUCACUACGACCUCACAGAGGACGUUCCGUCAGGCCGGCACCCACCCCCAUACCACCCAUCCAUACCUCUUUCGGGCAUCUCUCCCUGUGACACGCUAGAAUCGCUUUAGAGUUGGGGCUCUUCUACGUUGGGACUAGGGCCUCCAUUGCCUGCAUCACUGCGCAGCAUUGAUCUUCGCUGGGGUCACUGGCAUUUCUUAACGUUUGAUCGACUGGCCGCAAGUGCCACCACUACCAUUCACACACACGCCCCAGUCACCACACACACCGGCUGUCUCUGAGAUCGAUCCGCUUCUUCCCACCACCAGAAAAGGAACGCCAGCUCACCAUUUAGAAGAGCAGCUACCAGCAGUCUCCCGGCAAAAGCCUCGGCCAACAUCAUACUACAUAAGUCUCAGAGAGGGCACGCACCCAAGCAUCCACCAGAGAGCAUCUCACAGCAAAAGGUCACCGAUCGGACCACUCACUUAUCGCCAACCACGACGGGGAAAGUAAAUCAUCUUUGUCACCGACCACGACCCCCAGCACUCUCUACACUUACUGCACCUCAUUCGCUGGAGGGGAUUUGUUGACGCCAUAGCAACCACUUGGACUGUUCGGUAUCACCGCCGUUGCUACUGCGGUGGCAGUUCGAAGCCGACCCGUUUGACAGGGAAUUCCACGGGGAAGGCCCCCCCAAACACCCUCACAGACUAAUUUCUGGACAGCUAGAAGUCCUAGUUUCUCCGUCUCCAGUUUCACUCUAGGCCCCUCUUAUAGUCACUUGCCACCUCCACUUCGGCCAUCCACUUCGACAUCACUGGCAGAAUUCUACCCCGAUGCGACUGUGACUUUUUUGACCAGAUCGACCUGUUAUCCAUCCGCUCCAGUCAGCUGUCUCUCUCCUCAGCAAGGGGCAUAAUAUCUAUUUUCCGCCAUCACUACGACUAGGAGAUGUAAUCGGCCUCUUCCUGUCUCAUAACCAAGUCCUCCAUCUACUACAGGUGGCUGACCUAAGCCGUUUGGGCGAUUAUGCUGUGGUAUUUACUUUACCCACUAAGAGGGACAACCGAAGCCCCUGUGCUUCCUCCAGACCAUCCUCUGCGAACAGCUUUUUCGCGAUAUGGAACCUGGACUGCCCGCCAUGUCAAGACAGUGCUCCCUUUGUCGGUAGCUCUCGUCUUCUGCCUGCUUUAUCCCAUAUUUUUUCUCUACACAACAGACGCCACCAACGUUACUAGCGGGGUGUCUAACCUUCCUCACCAUGUCUGGACUGAUGCUCAGCCGCUUAGUGAACGCGCUGUCGCCGAGCCCGACGUCAUCAUGCGUUCCGUCUGGGUGCACGGCAGCUACAUGAAAGCACUAGACCGCGAAAUUCUGCUGGGAGCUCUGGAACUGCAGGAUACACUAUUGGGACCAACCACCAACUUCAACCCUCGCCGACCGCACGCAUCUCGUAUCUUGCCCCAUGAUCCUACGGUUGACAUGACUCGGGACCAAAGGGAUGCUUUCCAUAUCGUCAAUGGUUUGACGGAUCAAUCGUGGUUCUUUCACUCGCCCCUACAGUACUGGGGUGGUUCUGCCGAUAACAUCGCUGCAGACAGUGAUAUUAUUUCUACUGUCAACGAGAAGAAGACGCAGUCAACUUCGGUUAACAUUACUUUGCGGCAUUCGUUUGUCUUCAGCGGGAAGCGUUUCGAGGAACGGAGACUUGUUGCGGCCGACGCUCUGGUUAUCACCCUGAUUCAUCUCAAAGAUUCACCCCUUGGUCGACAGUGGGUUCGAAAUGCUGAGAGACUGGCUGCGCAGGUACAUGACAAGUGGACAGUCAUUCCACAUGACGGCAAGAGCAUGGCGAGUCAGUUAUACGAGUUCCAGUUUCGACCAAUGUCAUGGCCGGACUGGUUUCUCUUGACCAUCGCCUACUCGCUCACGCUUUUCUACCUUCUUCUCAGCCUUUCCAAGCUGCGCGCCGUCAAGUCCAGAUUCGGGCUCAUGGCUACUAUCCUGGCCCAGAUCGCGGCUUCGAUCGGCUCCAGCUUCACAAUCUGCGCCAUUUUCAAAAUCGACCUGUCUCGUGUCCCAUAUUAUGCCUACCCGCUUGUGGUUCUGGCUAUCAGUAUGGAGAAUUCGUUUCGGCUGAUCAAUGCCGUCAUUAUGACCUCUUCGUCCAUCAGCAUCAGCGACAGGAUAGGAGAGGCCUUCGGCCAGACCGCUUAUGUUGCCAUCCUUAACAGGUUGCAGAACCUGGCUAUCCUCCUCGGCCUAUCCAGGAUCACGUUCCCGGGUGUUGCUGCCUUUUGCACAUUUGCUGCAGUUGCCAUUGUCUUCGAUUUUCUCUACCUUGCAACUUUCUUCCUAGCGGUUCUUAGCGUGGAUGUGCGCCAGCGGGAACUUUACGAGCUGGAAAAGGCUUCGUUGAGGAAAACCAACGAUGUCUACGAGAUCACCUUGCUCGAUCGUAUCCGCCGGAUUCGCCAUGGUGGGGCAACCGUAUCAACCCGGGUUGCUGGUACCAUAGUCAUUCUUGGCUUCAUCUUGCUCGCGCAGUCUCACUAUGCGCUAGAGAGCGGCAGCCAGUGGCUCAACUGGAUAUUCACGCGAUCCUGGAGGGUUGCCGAACCUGCCUUCUCCAAGUCUUCACACUUGGUCGACAUCCAUCAAGCCAGAAGCCCUACGUCGUGGCUCCGCCUUCAGGAUCAUGAGACUGCGCGAGAAGUUAUCAACGUGGUCAAGCCUUGGGCGCAUAGUUACGUCGCGCGCGUGUACGAACCACUGGUUUUCGUAGCAAAGGGCGCCAAUCGCAUCCCCCAUAGCCCGGAGCCCAUGUUCCUGCCGGCCGUGUACGACUUCAUUCACAACGAGAUUCCGCGCUUCGUGGUGAUCAUGUUGAUGCUGGUGGCCCUGCUUCUACUUCUUACCAACUACCUCCUACAGGGCAAUGACAAGCAGGCAGGUGAUCCUGACCAUCCUGAAAACGAGCCUCUGCUGUCGGUACGAAGUCUCAGUCACGGCCAUGACCUUGACGUCGUCAAGAUGGCUGUUUCGCCAGGCCACAAGCUUGUUUCCGUAGGGCUGGACAGGAACAUUCAGAUUUGGGAUGUACCACUGAACUCGCGGACGCGCGUCAUGUCCGAUUCUGAAACUCCUCUGGAAAAUCCGUUCCCAGUUCUGGCCAUGGCAAUUGAUGAUGACUCGAAGUGGUUGGCUUUACUGACAUGGCAAAGGGUUCUGCUUUGGGAUACUGACGAGCAGCAAUGGGGGUUGUCGAUUGAGGUCGAACUUGGCGGUCACAAACCGGAAGCCAUGUUCUUCAACUAUACGAACAAGACUUUGGAUACGCCGUCUCUUGUUGUCGUGAGGAAGAAUGGCACAAUGUUUGAGCUUGACCUUGAAGGUACGGCGUCCAAGGAGUUUACCAUUUGCAAGACUCCUUUUGCCAUGGCGCUGCCAUUUGUAGAGCUCACCUCUGCAAACCAAGUCAGCCAGUCGCUCUCAAUCCUGACGCUAUCACGCAAAAGCUGUAUCCACAUUGUACGACAGCAACCUGGCGGGUGGACUUCCAAGGAAGUGAAGCUCACGACAGGCGAGGCGAAGGACAUCCACUCCAUCGUCCCUGCACCUGACCUAUCCAUGUACCUCGUCUGCAGGUCCCGCUCGGUUGACCUGGUCGAUCUUGAAUCGUCGGCCGUCAUUCAGACCUUUAACACCGAACCCAUGGAGCCACGAUCAUUGAAGCUCCUACUAUCCUCUCGUGGAGCUCCGCAGCACGGGCUACCGCCCUUGUCGCUGUGCUACAUCAGUUUGGAGACGGGCGAUCUCGUGAUUCAGACCUUUUACCGAGCAGACGAGGUCGAUCCCAUGCAUUAUCCCAAGGAUUAUGCUCCUGAAGCGCCGAAUCAGCCAUGGAAUGAGGAGAAAGAAGUAAAGAAGCGAAUCGAGAAACCAGGCCGCUGGGAGAUACUCCCGAACGGAGGUAUCGUGGGUGUCAGACGAGUGCCUGUGGCCUCCUUGUCGUCAUCACGACGUAGGAGCUUCCGGGCGGUGUCAUCAGGAGUCGGAACCGGAUACGGUUUGCGACGACGUGGAGCAGGGAGCGGUGGCACAGCUGCUGAUUCUACCGAUGUCACAACUCCAGACAUAGGCAUGACGGUAUGGGAGGCCUGGGCCUUCAACAAUCUGGAAAGUGCCAAGACCAAAGGUAUCGAGACGCAGCCGCUUGAUCAACAAGCGGACGGGGAGGACGCCAUGUAUGAUAACUUGUGGGUUUCAGAGCUGGGGCCCAUGGUAAGGCUGGGCACGGCGAGCGUGGCGGUGGGGCUUGGAAAUGUGAUCAAGGUGAUCAGUGUUGGACACGAGCAUUUCGAUAAGGUGGUCACGAGGGACCGGUUGACGGCGGAGAAUUUGAGGAAUCAAAAUUAUUUCAGGCGGAGGAAGACGGGGUCGGCGCAAAGAGCAAGGGGAGGAUUGGGAGGAGGAGGUGCGGCUGCUGGUAUUUGAGUGUAGAGAUAUCACCAUGGUGUAGAGGUGGAGUAACAGGUAUGUGAAUGUGGUCAUUGUAGAAAUUCAAUAUACCAAAGUGCUCUUUGCUGCUUUGGG